GGACGACGACGACUCAGACUACCCCGAAGAGAUGGAGGAUGAAGACGAUGCCAGUUAUUGCACUGAGAGCAGCUUCAGGAGCCACAGCACCUACAGCAGCACCCCAGGUAGGAGAAGACAAAGAGUGCAUCGUCCUCGUUCUCCAAUAUUGGAAGAAAAAGAUAUCCCGCCCUUGGAGUUUCCUAAAUCCUCAGAGGACUUAAUGGUGCCUAGUGAGCAUAUAAUGAAUGUUAUUGCCAUCUAUGAGGUACUAAGGAACUUUGGCACUGUUUUACGCCUCUCUCCUUUUCGUUUUGAGGACUUCUGUGCUGCUCUGGUAAGUCAAGAGCAGUGCACACUUAUGGCAGAGAUGCAUAUAGUGCUUUUAAAAGCAGUUUUACGUGAAGAAGACACUUCAAAUACUACCUUUGGACCUGCUGACCUCAAAGAUAGCGUUAAUUCCACUUUGUAUUUCAUAGAUGGAAUGACGUGGCCAGAGGUUCUGCGGGUAUAUUGUGAGAGUGACAAGGAAUACCAUCAUGUUCUUCCUUACCAAGAGACAGAGGACUAUCCUUAUGGACCAGUAGAGAAUAAAAUCAAAGUUCUGCAGUUCUUAGUGGAUCAGUUUCUUACAACAAACAUUGCACGUGAAGAGUUAAUGUCAGAAGGUGUUAUUCAGUAUGAUGAUCAUUGUAGGGUUUGUCACAAACUUGGGGAUUUGCUUUGCUGUGAAACUUGUUCAGCUGUGUACCAUUUGGAGUGUGUGAAACCACCUCUUGAAGAGGUACCAGAAGAUGAAUGGCAGUGCGAGGUCUGCGUAGCACAUAAGGUGCCUGGAGUAACUGACUGUGUUGCUGAAAUCCAAAAAAAUAAACCAUAUAUUCGACAUGAACCUAUUGGAUAUGACAGGCAUAGACGAAAAUACUGGUUCCUGAACAGAAGAAUCAUUAUAGAGGAAGAUUCAGAAAGUGAGAAAGAUAAGAAAAUCUGGUACUAUAGCACAAAAAUACAGCUGGCAGAGUUAAUUGAAUGCCUAGACAAAGAUUACUGGGAAGCUGACCUAUGCAAAACUCUGGAAGAAAUGCGUGAAGAAAUUCAUCGGCACAUGGAUGUGACAGAAGACCUUACUAAUAAAGCAAGGGGCAACAAUAAGUCUUUCCUUUCUGCAGCAAAUGAUGAAAUUUUGGACAUUAUCAGAGCAAGAAAAGGAGAAAUAGUAGAAGAUAAAAACACAGCAGACGAUGAAGCAGAAAAGGCCAAAAGUGAUGCUGAUAAUGACCAGACAGAUGCUGAGAGAGGCAAGGAAGAAUCUGGAGACCAGGAUAAAUCUGAGGAAACACCCACUGAGCAAGAUGUGGAAAAAGUGAAAACAGAAGAGGCAACAGUCGUUGGGGAUAAAAGUAACUCUGUGACAUCAAGCACUGAUGACAACAACACAAAUCCUUCUGCAGGAGAGACUAGUUGCUCUGAAGGCAAGAACGCAAUGGGGUGUCAGUCAGAAACCCUUGAUAGCAACAACGUGGCAGAGAAGAAGGUGGCAUCAGAGCUCCCUCAGGAACUCUCAGAAGAAACUGGUCAGAUGAUCCCUAGCAACAGUAGCAGUGCAUCUGCUGCACCCCUACACUCAGAUGUUGAAAACAGCAACGGUAGUGAGUUGGGCUCUGGGCAGAGUGACUCCAUCAAGACGCCUGAUGAUGCUGAGAAUGCAGAGAGGGGAUCCCAGACUUCAGAGGACAUAGGAGAGAAAUCUAAUGGUGAAAGAAGUGAUUCUCCAGGCGCAGGAAAAGGCACGCCAGGUUCGACGCGAAUGCUCACAAGAUUACGAAAUCCAGAUAGCAAGUUGAGCCAGAUGAAAAGCCAGCAGGUUGCUGCUGCAGCACAUGAAGCAAAUAAGUUAUAUAAAGAAGGCAGAGAGGUUCUGGUGGUCAACUCUCAAGGUGAAGUCUCCCGAAUGAACACAAAGAAGGAAGUUGUGAUGAAAGGAAAUAUCAACAAUUAUUUCAAAUUAGGGCAAGAGGGGAAGUAUCGUGUUUAUCACAAUCAGUAUGCCACUAAUUCAUUCGCAUUGAACAAGCAUCAGCACAGGGAGGACCACGACAAGAGACGACAUCUCUCGCAUAAAUUCUGUCUGACUCCUGCUGGAGAGUUCAAAUGGAAUGGGUCUGUACAUGGGUCCAAAGUUCUUACCAUAUCCACUUUGAGGCUAACUAUUAUUCAGCUAGAAAACAAUAUCCCGGCAUCAUUCCUUCACCCUAACUGGGCUUCCCACAGGUCUAACUGGAUUAAGGCUGUUCAGAUGUGCAGCAAACCUAGAGAAUUUGCACUAGCGCUGGCUAUAUUGGAAUGUGCAAUUAAACCGGUUGUGAUGCUGCCAAUCUGGCGGGAAUCGUUGGGGCAUACUAGAUUACGCAGAAUGACAGCAAUAGAAAGAGAAGAGAAGGAGAAAGUGAAAAAAAAAGAGAGAAAACAAGAAGAAGAAGAAACAAUGCAGCAAGCUACCUGGGUGAAAUACACAUUUCCUGUCAAACAUCAGGUUUGGAAGCAAAAAGGAGAGGAAUAUAGAGUAACGGGAUAUGGUGGCUGGAGCUGGAUUAGUAAAACACAUGUCCACAGGUUUAUGCCCAAACUGCCUGGAAAUACUAAUGCAAAUUACAGAAAGUUGCUACCGACAAAGAGCGAAGAUGAAAAAUGCAACUUGGAUAAACGAAAAGGUCCAGUUAAGGUAAAAACAGAGAAAGACAGAGCAAAGGAUUCUCAUGAUCUGCAAGCAAAAGACAAAGCAGAUGUUUCAGAAAACAUGGAUAAUGUACAAGUGAAAGAAGAAAAGUCACGUGAAGAAAAAGUAGAAGUCGAUACAAUUUCUGAAAAUUUAGAUCACGCAAAAGACAAAGUGGAAAAAGAAAUCGAUGGUGAAAAUAAAGUCAUCAAGGAAGAACCUAUGGAUGUAGAUGAUGUGAAAAUUGAAUCCCCCAUAAAAGACGAGGAUAGUCAUUGUAAGCUGGAUAUAAUCAAUGUCAGCGAGGGAUUUCAUUUAAGGACUUGCUACAAAAGGAAAGUAAAAUCAUCAAAAUUAGAUGGACUACUUGAGAGGCGAAUAAAACAGUUUACACUGGAAGAAAAACAACGUCUAGAAAGGAUGAAACUGGAGGCUAGCGCUAAAACAGUAGGCAUUCGAUCUGUAAGCCCCCAGAAAAACAUAAACGAGCUACAGAUGAGAAAAGUAAACGAAGGAAGCCAGUUCGACAUGUCUUCCCAAGAGCAAAACUAUAUUCCAAAUAAGACCCAAACUGAAGAUGCAGAACAGGACUGCUUGCCGAUCAGCAGCAGCUCUUGUACCAAAACUGGUGAGCUAGAUGAACCCUCUUUGCCUUUGACAAACAGGCUAUCAAAAAGAGAAGGCCAGCUACUGGAUGAAGACUCACCUCAGUCCUCUGAAGGUGAAAGCUCCAUUCAGAAUGAUAGUAAAGAAAACAACCCUGAACCUAUGACUGCUGAUAAGUGUCAAGGACAAGAGGGUCUUGGAGAGUCUGAGAGUUCCUUUGUGGAUGGCUUGAAACAAACAAAUGCAGAAGGUAGAAGCAAAUGGGAUGCUUCAGAAACAAGCAAAAAACCUUUGAAACAAAAACUACCUGUUACCAGUGUGUCUCAGUGUGAACAUGAAAACUUAGAGCCAGCGGUAACUGAAAGCAGCUGUAGAAAAGAUGCUCUGGCCACUCUUGAAAAAACAGAUUCGGAAGGCAAUUCUGAACAGCAGAGCAAAGAUCCAGAAAACAAUUGUAUGAUGAAAAGCCAUAUUGAACCAACAUCCUCUCAAGAAAGUGAAAUGGAGGAAGAAAUUGCUCCAGGGAAGACUGAAAGUAAAUCUGAAAACAAGGUUAUAUUUCACCAAAAAUCAGUUAGUAAAGACCUAGAACCAUUUAAAACAGAGCUAAUUUCAGAAAGAAACCUUGAAAGUCAAACUCUGGAACACAUGGAUGAGGUAGAAGUUGAUGAGGAUUUACUGAGCUCUAAACUAACGGAGGCUAACGGUCAAAAGAAAGGUCAGGAACUGAAAGUGGAGACAAGUACCAUAAACAAAUAUCUUGAUCAGACAAAUCUAAAUAGUGUUGCUGACAAAAAGAAUAAUAAAGACGAAGAAACUGAGACAGACUUAGAAAAAUCAGCAUUUCAAAUGAAUGGAAAAGACAAUGACAUUAAAGUAUUAUCAAAUGAUGACUGCUUAGUUAAAGGUGCCUGUGAAACGAAGGCAGGUGGUGAUAUUGAACCAAAAGUUAAUAAUAUUAAUAAAGCCAUUCCAGAACAUGAAAUAAAACCUUUAAAGGAGCCUUCAGUAAAACCAUUCAUGAAUGGUGACAUCAUGAUAGAGGACACAAAGGACAAAAAUAAUGUGGACCCUAACUCAUGUCUGCAGAGUUCACCUGAGUUUGAAUCUGGAGAGAGUCUUCAGCCACCAGAUGAAAUUCCCAAAUAUGUGCAGAAAACUGAAGAAAAACAGCUUUCUCCUGAGAGAUCUGCCUUUGUUGGUACUGCUUCCACACCAACACAUACUGUCUGUAAAGAAAAUAACCUCAGUAGUGAAGCAGAAUCUAUGGAAACUGAAGUAAUUGAGGAUAAGAAAGUUGCUCCAUCACCUGUAACCUCCUGUGAAGAAUCUAGCUUGAGUAGUGACUUUGCUGAUCAGAACGGUGUACAGGCAUAUAAAAUGGAAAGUAUUAAUGGAGAAAGUAAAACAAAAACUGUUAUUACUGAAGUGACUACCACAACAUCAACUGUGUCUACAGAAUCCAAAACUGUGUUUAAAGUUGCAGAGACUGUAGCUUCUAAUGAUGCAAAAACAACAGUAGUAUCGUCUACAGAAAAUUGUGCCAUAUCCACUGUAACUACCACCACUACUGUAACUAAGCUUACCACUCCAGCUACAGACAGUAACGUUGAUGUCAUUUCUGUGCAAGAGCAUAGUAAAACAGUGGUUACAACAACGGUAACCGAUUCACUGACCACCCCAGAAGGCACGUUGGUGACUUCCAUGACUGUCAGCAAAGAAUAUUCUACAAAAGACAAAGUGAAGUUAAUGAAAUUUGCAAGACCCAAAAAAACUCGUUCUGGAACUGCCUUACCAUCUUAUAGAAAAUUUGUUACCAAAAGCAGUAAAAAAAGCAUAUUUGUUUUACCCAAUGAUGACUUAAAAAAGCUGGCCAGAAAAGGAGGGAUCAGAGAAGUUCCCUAUUUCAAUUACAAUGCAAAGCCUGCCUUGGAUAUCUGGCCAUAUCCAUCCCCAAGGCCAACUUUUGGGAUCACUUGGAGGUACCGACUUCAAACAGUAAAAUCAUUGGCUGGAGUGAGCCUUAUGUUGCGGUUAUUGUGGGCAUGUCUCAAAUGGGAUGAUAUGGCAGGGAAAAAUCCCCCCCGGGGGGGGACAACGCGUGUAGAAACAUCUGAAACUGAAAUUACAACAACAGAAAUAAUCAAGCGAAGAGAUGUUGGUCCAUAUGGAAUCCGGUCAGAGUACUGUAUAAGAAAAAUUAUUUGUCCCAUUGGUGUACCAGAGGCUCCGAAAGAAACUCCAACACCCCAGAGGAAGGGACUGCGAUCAAGUGCACUAAGGCCAAAAAGGCCAGAAACACCCAAGCAAACAGGCCCUGUUAUAAUUGAAAGUUGGGUAGCAGAGGAGGAAUUGGAGCUAUGGGAAAUCAGGGCAUUUGCUGAAAGGGUGGAGAAGGAAAAGGCACAGGCAGUUGAACAACAGGCUAAGGUUAGUGAACAGAAGAAGGCAGAGGAAUUCAAGGCCCAAUUGGAGGCUCAACUAAAACACCAACGAUUGGCUGCCCAGCAGAAACGGCUGGAGCAGCAGAAGCAGAUACCUGCAGCAGGUGUGGCCCCUGCAGUCACUACAGCCAGCAGCACUGCAACUACUGUCUCAACGGCACAGAAAGUUGUGGUAGGCCCUUUAGCGGGCCCAGUCCCCACUGGAACCAAAGUAGUACUUACUACAAAAGUGGGUUCUCCAGCUACAGUAACAUUCCAACAGAACAAGAAUUUCCAUCAGACUUUUGCUACUUGGGUUAAACAAGGCCAAUCUUCAACAGCCACUAGCACAGCUGCCACUUCAGCCACAACCAUUGCCAGCACAGGGCAGACCUUCCAGAUCUCAGGCAGUCCAGUAACGAUGGCAGGGAAAGUGAUAACUAAGCUGCCACUCCCUGCAAACAGCAAGAUUGUUGCCGUCAAUGUGCCAUCAACUCAAGGAGGUGUUGUUCAAGUUCAGCAAAAGGUUUUGGGUAUCAUUCCAUCAACUACAGGUGCAAGUCAAACAUUUACUUCAUUCCAGCCAAGGACAGCAACUGUAACCAUUAGGCCAAAUACCACAGGGACGUUAGGAACAACAAGCACUUCGCAAGUAGUGCAAGGGACACCACUCCGCCCUGGUAUGACAGUAAUACGGACACCACUUCAGCAGUCAACGCUUGGAAAGACCAUCAUUCGAACACCUCUAGUGGUGCAACAAGGUAUUCUUCCAGCCAGUCAGACGCAGCAAGUGGUGACUCAAAUAAUCAGGGGUCAGCCUGUCUCAACAGCAGUUUCUAGUACCAGCACAGCUUCUUCCAGUGCUGGACAGAAGACCGUCACAAGUCCUGGAACACCACCUCAGCAAAUACAGCCACAAACUACAUCGCAGCCCCCUCGCCCUCAGCAGGGACAAGUAAAGCUUACUAUGGCCCAACUCACGCAACUAACACAAGGACAGGGUGGCAGUCAAGGAUUAACUGUGGUAAUUCAGGGACAAGGUCAAACUACUGGUCAAUUACAAUUAAUCCCUCAGGGUGUGACUGUAAUACCUGGUCCAGGACAACAGCUUAUGCAAGCAGCUAUGCCAAAUGGUACAAUUCAAAGAUUUCUUUUCACCCCACUACCAGCAGCUGCUACUACAGCUAGCACAACUACAACAACAGUUUCUACGUCAACCUCAGCUACAGGGGAACAGAAGCAAGCUCUACAGGCACAGCCAACAUCAGUGCUGCCGCCAGCUCAGCCGCAGCCUCAGAGUCAGCAGCAAGCCCAGCCUCAAGUGCAGAAUCAGAGUGCUCAGCCUGUGCCGCUGGCCCAGCCACAGGCACCUCAGCCGGCGCUUCAGCCUGAAACUCAGACCCAGCCUGAAUCUCAGACUCCAGCAUCUGUUGACUCUCCAGUCACACCUGAAGCACAGUCGUCUAAAUCUCCAGUUCAGUCUCCAGCACAGACCCAGGCUCAAGGGCAAUCUCCAGUGCAAGUCCAGAGUCAGCCGCAGACUGCAAUCCUUCCACAAGGCCAGUCCCAAGUCCAGCCUCAGCAACCAGCUCAGGUGCAGACUACAACCCAACAACAGAUUCAGAUGCAGCCCCAUGCUCCCAUACAAAUUCAAGCUCAGCUGCAGCAAUCACAACCUCAGGUUCAGACUUCGGUCUCAACCCUUCCAACUACUCAAAGUUUAAAUCAGGUUCCUGUGCAAUCCCCAACUCGUCCUCAGCUGCAACUCCAGCAGCCUCCAACAAAAGUUAUUACAGUGCCUCAGCUUCAGCAACAAGUCCAAGUUCUCUCUCAGCUUCAGUCACAUGUUGUGGCUCAGAUACAAGCCCAACAAGGCAGUGUGCCCCAGCAGAUCAAGCUUCAGUUACCUAUUCAGAUCCAACAAACUAGCCCAGUACAGGCUCACCAGAUUCAGAAUGUGGUAACAGUUCAAGCAGCUAGUGUUCAGGAGCAGCUGCAGAGAGUUCAGCAGCUCAGGGAGCAGCAACAGAAGAAAAAGCAGCAACAGAUAGAAAUUAAACGUGAGCACACCCUUCAGGCUUCUAAUCAAAGUGACAUUAUCCAGAAACAGGUGGUUAUGAAACAGAAUGCUGUCAUAGAACACUUGAAACAGAAGAAGACACUGACUCCGGCUGAGAGGGAAGAAAAUCAGAGAAUGAUUGUGUGCAACCAAGUGAUGAAAUAUAUUCUGGAUAAGAUAGACAAAGAAGAAAAACAGGCAGCUAAGAAACGAAAGCGAGAAGAGAGUGUAGAACAGAAGCGUAGUAAACAGAAUGCUACUAAGCUCUCAGCUCUGCUUUUCAAGCAUAAAGAACAGCUGAAAGCUGAAAUAUUGAAAAAAAGAGCACUUCUGGACAAAGAUCUACAAAUUGAAGUGCAGGAGGAGCUAAAGAAAGACUUGACUAAAAUUAAGAAAGAAAAAGAAAAAGCCCAGGCAGCUGCU